AAGGCGACACAUGCAUCCAGAAGAGAUGGCGAGGGCCUGAGCACGGCCCGUAACGGGUAUUAUGGGAAGGUCGCAUGCGUGUGUGUGUGUAAGGGGAGAUGAUGGGGAGCAGGACGACGGCUUGUCACGCUCCGAAAAAGGUCGUAGAGCGGGAGCUGGCUGCGAGGACACGGCCACUUAGCCUUCCCCUGACACCACCUCACCCACCACCAUGUCGGCAUCCAAGCUGUUCACAGCAGGUGGCCUCCCCAUGGUGUUCUACAUGAGCAUGGGAAAGACAAAGAAGCAAAUGCGGGAGCUUAUCACGAAGCACGGCGGUCGGAUGGCGACGACAAAGGUGAAGGACUGCAUUGUACUGGUGCCAAAGAAGCUGUCGCCGGGGCAGUCUAAGCGGGUGGGCAAGGCGUACUUGGAGCGAUUUGUCACCGACUCAGUGGCGGCCGGCAAGCUGCUGCCGCUCAGCGAGUACGCCGCGACUGACAAGCCCGAGCCUGUCGCCGCACAUUCGCAAGCCCGCCAGCCGUAUUCCAUGAUGGAUGAGGCGGUGAUGCUGCGGUUUGCUGAGGCCGAGAUCGCGGCUGGGGCGACAAUCAUGUCGCGCAAGACGUGGAAGCUGGCGGAGCGGAUUGGUCUCAUCAAAGGCCGCAACGCCGAGGCUCUCUACGGGCGGUGGCGCUCCAUCGUGGGAAAGCCCGACGCAUACAAAGCCCGCCUCCGCGCCAUUGCGGUCGACGAGCUCACGCCGCAUCAGAACAGUAAGAAGGCCGAAGAUGACGCUGAGGACGAGGCUCGACUUGACGCUGCCUUUACCGACGUCGACAACGCGGUCAUCCUCAGAUAUGCCGCCGCGCAUGCUGACAGCAAGUGGCUGUGGGAGGUUGCAGCCGUGCUGGGGCUCGUCGACGGCAUGUCGGCCGCCGCACUCAAGGAGCAAUGGGCCGAGCUGGUCCAGCUGCCCAAGACUCGUCAGGCCCAGCUCACGCGCAUCAACGUUGAAGCCCGUCUGCCGACGGAGAAGCAGGUCAGGGGCGCCCGUGCAGCGGCGGUCAAGGCCGGCAAGGCUGCAGCGGCGGCCGCGGCCAAGGAAGCUAAGAAUGCCAAGAAUGGCAAGGGAGCCAAGGCCAGCGCCGAGGCGGCGGCGGUGGCAGCAGCGGCGACCAGGCAGCCUGCGACGCCGGACCAGUCAACGGUCUCGGUGGAGGCGGCAGCGGCCAUGGCCCGGGCCAUGACCGAGAAGCUCUCGUCGAGCAAGUCGCGCAAGUACACCGACGCGGAGGACGCGGCGAUUUGGCAGUAUGCGACGGCAAUGCAGGCGGCCCAUGAGGGCAUCUCAACGAGGGACAUUUUCAGGCAGGCGACGGGCGAUGGUCUGUUCCCGACUCGGACCUUUCAGGCGCUGUGCAUCCGCUUUAACGGCCUUGCCGCCCAACCGGAGUUGACCAUGCAGCGGCUGGCUGGCUUUCUGGACGUCCCGCCGGCGACAAGUGGCACAAACAAGCGCCAGGCGCCAGGCGACGCCGAGUCCGACGCGGCGCCCGCGGCCAAGAAGGCCAAGUCGCUGAGCGGAGCAGCAGUAGUCAGCGACGUGCAGCCGCUGGACAUUGCCGCCAUGGAGAUGGCUGCCAACUCGAGCAUGUUCCUCUACGUUGACGGGGAGCGCAACGAGUGGGCCAAGCUCGCAACGAUGGAGCUCUCAGACUCGGACGAUGAAGAUGCACGCGCUGCGCUCCUUGCUGUCCGCCAGCAUCUCUCGACUAGGCCGUGGUGGAAGAACAAGGGCAGCGAUCCGCUGCCGACGCCGCCGCGGCGCAAGACGUCAUCCCCGCCUCCGGCGUCGGCGUCGGCCGCGGCUAAGCCAUCCACGCCCGCGAAGGCCAGCCCAGCAUUGGCCCGCCCGGCGUCGUCGACCCAAAAGGCGUCGUCGACCAAAGAAGUGUCGUUGGCAGACAGACCAGGCAAGUCAUCAAGCAAGAAGACCAAGGCCAAGGCCAAGGCCAAGACCAAGGCCAAGGCCAAGUCGCGAACCAAGGCGCAGGCUGCGGCGGCGGACGAGGCAGUCGGGACAGAAAACAGGAUGUUGUCGGCUGCCGAGGCACUUCAGGCGCUCUCCACCAACUAUGGCGUUCCGAUUGCCACCCUUGUUCGGCUUGUCUUCAACUUUAACGGCUCGGUGGGCCGGACCGAGAGGUACCUGCGCAAGCUCGUCGAGCGCGGCGCCGAGCCCGGUGAAGCGCUGGUGGCCAAGAUCAAGGACCCGUUCUCGCCGGCCGACGAUGCCCGCAUCCUCAUGGGCUCGUCAAAGGCACUCAAGAAGCUGGUGCGCCGCCACGGAAAGAAGCGAGUUGAUGAGCGCCGUGCAUACCUGCAGUCGCUGUAGCGUCAGUCAAUACACGGUCGUAAGUGAG